AUGAAAUUCUUGGAUGAAGCUCAAGGCACUGCCGUCACUAGGCGUACAAUUGAGGGCACCAACGACGACGGUGAUCUUGCGAAUUUGUUGCUUCAAGCUUUUGAGGGUGAUGUAGUCUCUAAAACAAAAGAAAUUAUGAGGUUCAUCGGAUGUAACUUCACAGCUUCCAAACUGCGCGAAGAUUAUCCAAAAAGUAUUGAAAUCCAGCAACUCAGUGAUCCCACUCAGGUGUACAGCAUGAACAGCAAACCCCGUGGAACAUGUGUGAUCUUCAACAAUGUCAACUUUUUUGCUAAAUCGAAACGCGAAGGAUGCUCUAAAAAAAAAUUUCAAUGGCUUGGUUUUCAUCCUGUUGAUAUCCUGAAAGACAAGACGGUGCAAGAGAUGGAAAACCACCUGGAAGAUCUCAGCAAGAGGGUGACUGGAGACUGCUUCGUCUGUUGUGUGCUCAGCCACGGCAAUGAGACAGGUGUGAAUGGAUCUGAUGACAAAAUCCUUUCCAUCGGGGAUAUACUCUCUCCAUUCAGCGGGGACAGAUGCCAAGCGUUGGCAGGAAAGCCCAAAGUGUUUUUCAUCCAGGCAUGUCGAGGUUUGGCGAUGCAGGACAAGGUCCAGGCAGAUGACAGUGACAAUAGUCUUGAUCGCAUCAUCUCCAUCCCCAUUUAUGCGGAUUUCCUCCUCUCCAUGUCCACCUUCGAAGGCUUUGUGUCAUGCAGAGAUCCUGAGCAAGGCACCUGGUUCAUCCAGUCUCUGUGCAGGCAACUGGCUGAGUCAUGCCCAAAGAGUGAGGAUAUCUUGUCGAUCCUAACUAAAGUCAACAAUGAUGUCGGUGAAAGGGAGGCUUUUCUCUCCAAGGACCAGGCAAAAAGGUUCUGCAAGGAAUCGGCAAAGCAAAGCCCUGAGUCAAGAUUCACCUUGAGAAAGAAGCUCGUCUUCCAUGUGCCUGAAUGA